UCUCAAACUACGCACACAUACAUCUCUAUCUCAUGUGAUGUGAUCCAUAAACAAAAUUAUCAAGGAGAAAAGAGGGAAAGCCAAAAUACUUAUCCUCAUAAGCAUGACUUCAGUGUCACCGGGUCAUCGGAGAAAAUUCUCCGGUAAGGACCCACCGAGUUCGCUGCGGUCGGAGAAACAUUGGAGCGGCGUUCGCAGGUUCGCACUGACGCUGAAGGUUCCGUUGCAUAACAGCGAGUCUUUUCACCGGCCAUCAAAGGUGUUGCUGAACGUGAGCAUCGAGAAGGGCGUGGGAGCGGUACAGGUGGUGAUAUCGCCUGAGGACACCGUGGCCGAUCUGAUAAAGGCGGCGUUGGCGUCUUACAAGAAGGAGAAGAGGAGGCCGUUAUUGAAGAACAAUGAUCACAAGUGCUACGAUCUUCACUACUCUUCUUUCGCCCUUCAAAGUUUGAAGGCUGAUGAAAAGCUAAUGAAUUUGGGAUCAAGGAAUUUUUUUCUAUGCUCAAAGCCAACCUCUUCUUCUUGCUCUGAGAAAGAGAAUAUGGCAAUUGAUUCUGCAUUUCCUUGGAUGGUGUUCGUUCCUCUCCUGCUUUAGAUUGGGAUCGUACACAGGCAUCCAUGAACACCAUAUCUCAACAACGCCUUGCUUUUUUGUUCAAUUACCUUUUGUUGUGUAUGUAUACUUCACAGCCAUAAUAUAACUUUCUCAAGUUCUGAAACAUAUGCAUAAGAAAACUGAGACACACUUUAAAUGUAACGACUCUACCGUAUGAAUUGGAUAAUUGGAUUAUGCGUUUGAAUGUCA